GUAAUAAUAAAACACUGCGUUUAAUUUUAUCGAAUCUAAAACUCUUUAUCCAAAGCAAUGGCAUCCAUGAUAAUCCAUUGCUCUUGCUUUCUUACUCCUCCAAGCUUAUUCACCAAGCCCCAAUUUCAUGGGAAGAAGCUGUCAUCUUUUAUAUGUAAAGUAGAAAAUUUUGGAUCAUCCUUCAAAGAUGUUAAUGAGCCGGUUGAGAUUCAUCGUCUAUUCCGAGAAACGGGUGAGCGGCAUUUACCCCAUCUCCAAGAGUCAGUCGGAGAUCGGGUCUCGGAUCGUAUUUCAUUGCAUUACAAUGAAUUUGCACAACAUUUAGCUGCUCUUGAGGGAGGUUUACAGUUAAGAGUUCCGAUGACGGCAUUUCUUGCAACUAACAUCUUUAUAUAUACGGCUCCUUUCAAAGCCGUGGCGGAAGCAUGUGAAGUGGAUAACUCGAUUUUCAACAUGCCUUUACUUCUAUUUGUAGCCCUUAUCGGUGCGACAGUGGGAGGAUUGCUUGCACGGCAAAGGAAAGGGGAACUACGGCGACUGAACGAGCAGCUGCGCCAAAUCAAUGCUGCUCUAAAGAGGCAGGCAAAGAUAGAGUCAUAUGCUCCCACACUGAGUUACGCACCUGUUGUCGGAAGAAUAUCGGAAGAGGACAUAAUCGUGGAUCCGAGAAAAGAAGAGUUGAUUUCUUGUUUGAAGAGUGGGAAGAACUUUUUAAGGAAUCAAGAACACGAGAAGGCUUUUCUCAAGUUUCAAACAGCCUGGGAGCUUGCUAAGAGUCUAAAAGAUCCUAUCGAGGAGAAAAAGGCUGCUCGGGGUUUAGGUGCUUCAUUGCAAAGGCAAGGCAAAUAUCGAGACGCCAUUAAAUACCAUUCGAUGGUUUUAGCAAUCUCCGAUCGAGAAAGAGAGGAAUCAGGAAACACGGAAGCUUACGGAGCGAUCGCCGAUUGUUACACCGAGCUCGGAGACCUCGAAAAAGCAGGUAAAUUCUAUGAUAAAUAUAUUGCUAGGUUAGAAAAAGACUGAUGAAGCAACUUAGAGAUUCCAAAUUUGCUGUACACAUUGCCUUUUAUUUAUCGGCUAUCUUAUUUCGACUCUUCAUUUUCUUUUCCCAAGUAUCCGUGUUCUAACAUUUAUCGAAUGAAGAUAUGAUCUAAUCCUUGUCGUA